AUGAAGUGGGAGGUGGAUGGGGAGAGGGAGAAUGAAGAAGUGGAGGAAGAGGAGGAAGAGGAGUACAAUAUAGAUCAAUGCGAUUCGUAUCAGUAUCGAGUGUAUCUUGCUUCGAUAUGGGGCAUAGGCGUGGAUGAUGAGUUGAAUCUUGCUAUGGGUGGUUUGACUAUCAACCCAAAAUUCAAGGAGGAAAGUGAUGUUGGAAUUCAAAAUGGGUAUUCUCUUAUAUAA